AUGACUACGCGCCAACGACCGCGCGUCGCCGUCGUAGGCUCUGGCCUCGCCGGCCUCACCACCGCCUACCUCCUUACCCGGGAGGGCGCAGACGUUUGGCUUAUCGACAAGGCGCCGCGGCUAGGCUUCCAUGCAUGGAGCGUCGAGCUUGAGCCAGCAAACGCUCUGGCCCUCGACCUCGCCGAGAAACGCCCUGCAGCAGGCGACACGCCCGCCGUCGAUGUCCCCAUGCGCUCGUUCCAAGGCGGGUACUACCCCCUCCUCAUUGCGCUGUACCGCCACCUCGGUCUCCCCCUCUCCCCCGCAGCCUUCACAUUCUCCUUCGCAUCACUGCCAACAGGCAGGCCUCUCGAUGAGAACGACACAUACUUCAUCCACUCGGGCGCGUCCGGUGUCUCCCUCCCCUCCCUCCCGACACAGGCGUGGCGCUCGCCGGGUGCAUUCGCUCGCGCAGUCCUCGCCCUCCUCGGCGUCGGGCUGUGCUACAUCGUGCUCCUCGUCAUCGCCUUCGCGAGCUGGCAUGGCCUCGUAAGCGCCGUGACAUUCGGCCAGCUCGUUGACGCCGUCGCGGCGCGCCUUGAGCGGCCACUCCCCUUGGUACGGACACCCCUCGGAAGGGUGUUCAAGAGCUUUGCGGCUGACAUUGUCCUCCCCCUCUUCAGCGCCGUCGGGACCAUGACGGCAGACGACGUGUGGAGCACUCGCGCCGACGUCCUCCUAGACUACAUCCACGCCGGGGUUGGCACUAGCCACUACUCUAUCGGCGGGGCAAUGAGCGCGCGCGACGUCGCCCGCCUCCUAGCUGAGCCGGUGCGCGCACAGGGAGCCGACCACGUGCGUCUCGGCACCGGCAUCGACGGCAUCACCUACGCUGACGACGGACUGACCCUCUCGCUGGGUGACGACGAGAUCACGGUCGACCGUGUGGUGGUCGCGACUCAGGCGAGCGCCGCGCGCGCCCUCCUCGCCACCCUCGAGCCGAGCCUGCCUAAACCUGAGGCGCGUCGCGUCGCGCGCAUGCGCUCCGCCCUCGCCGACGUGCACUAUCGCGACACGAUUGUCGUCACGCACCGCGACCGCGCUGUGCUCCCGAUCCCAGAGGACGUGCGCGACAUCAACCUCGUGCAGCCCGCGACCCCCGACGUGCCAGGCGACGCGACACCCGAGCUCGCGUCGGGCGCGUCGAGUGCUCCGUCGUCGCCGUGUCCUACACCGCGCGGGAUUACGCCCUUCUUCGCCCCCGAGCAGGGGUACACGAUGGCGACGCACCUCGUCGCACCGCCUGGCGUCGAGCCCGUGCUGCAGACAACGAACCCGGCCGUCCCCAUUGGCGGGGAGCUGCUCGGCGUCGCGCGGUUGGAGCGCGCUCUGCCUCUCGCUGACGACGACACACUUAAUGGCCUUCACCCCCGGCGUGGGCCAGGGGAAGGACGAGCCCGUGUCUUUCUGGCCGGCUCAUACGCGUACCCCGGCAUCCCGCUACUUGAAGGGUGUGUGGGCAGCGCGCGGCGCGUCGUGGAGGACAUGCUGGGUCGUGAGGUGCGGUGCAUCGACUGGGACGCUGGGCGAGGGUCGUUCGCCGGUCGGGCUUGGCGAUGGAGGAGGAGCCCGCGGGCAGGCGGGUAUUAG